AUGGCUGUCUCACCCUCCCCCGGAGUCUUUACAUCCUUUUUGCGAUGGCUACGCUUGAAAAACUACCAGUACGAGGUGACGUUUGCCUUGUACAUGCUUACGCCCACCGAAAAGUUCAUCUUUAAUUUCAUAGUCCUGACCAUCGUCUCCCUCUUCUGCACUGCUGCCUACGUCUACCUCCCCGAUCACGUCGCACAAAUAUACGGACAUGUCCACUACUACUUCACCGCCGACGUCUCCAUGAUCAAAGAAUAUAUCCCCUCUGCAAGCUCCAUCUUGCAAGGAAACGGGGGUCCGGCGGCGACCGGUGCUCUCAAUGUCAUGUACGAGGCUGCAUCGACCGCAGGACUUGAUGAGUUGUGA